CCAUGUCCCCUGGUGCCCAUGGUGGCAUUUGCAUGGCCCAGGUCCUCCUGUCCAUGAUGGCACCCUUACCUCCAAGUGCAUCCAACCCAUGUUCCCCGGCUUAUGAUGGUAUGUGUGCCCUGUGUCCCCUGAGCUUGCAGAGCCUCCGGCUCCUGUGGCUGGUGGCCCUGAGCUGCAGGACCCCCGCUGGGGACUCUCCUCUCCCUGCAGACAAUGCCAAGGCCUAUUUCAAGCGGGCCAAGGCCCACGCUGCUGUCUGGAAUGAGCGGGAGGCACGGGAAGACUUCAUGCGGGUGGCUCACCUGGACCCUGCCAUGGCUGCUGCUGUGAAGAAGGAGCUGAAGCAGCUGGGGGAGAGGAUGAGGAAGAAGCACGUGGAGGAUCGGAAGCGCUACCAGGGGCUCUUCCAGCAGCCCCAGGGGCUGUGGGCCAGCAAGGGGCAGGAGAGUGGGAAGGUGGGUAACGGGGCGAUGCUGCGGGAGGAGGCACCCCAGGGUGAGGUUGGGGUCCCAGAGACCCCUGGGCAAGGGGAACAGGGGUCUGAGACCAAAAAAGCUGAACAACCAGGGGCUGGCCAAGCAGAACAAGGGACCCCCAGGUCUGGCUGUGGAGGGGCAGCACCAGGAGGAGAAGCAGCUCAGGGGCAACCUGUGGGGGCAAAGGUGGAAGUGAAGGAUGGGACAGGACUGGGGGAAGAAGGGAACCUGGGCACUCGUGGGACAGAGCCGGAGAGCUGGAACACUCUGCACGAGUGA